AUGGCGAGGAGACAAGUGCCACCCGACCUGGAUGGUCGCGGAGAUACUUUCCCGUUCAAGCGAGGGGAAGGAGAAUCCUUCGCAACUAGGUUCAUGAGGAGGCUACGGAGUGGUCCCAAAGUGGCACCAGUCUCACUCCAUGAUCCAAACAACGAAUCUUCGUUGGAUACCAACAAUGGAUCUCAGGGAACUCCUUCGAUCCCCAGAGGAGACAACGAAGACCCUGAUGGACUCAGACCUGGGGAUAAGACCUGGGAAGCCAAGAAAUCCCACAUCAGGGACCACUUGGGGUUUUUGAAGUUUUUACGAAGAUAUCGCCACCGCAAAGUGGUACCAUUGAAUGGAUUUUCCGACAGGGAACAUACCCCUCCAUCAGCUCCCCGUGAUGGCCCCGGUUUGUUGAAAGUGACUUCGAGAAACGGCGACCACGCCCCUGAUACUCUCACAAGUCUUAAAAAUGCAUACACAAACGGCGAUGCAUUUAGCCACCGCCAGGACAUAGGAAAAUACACUACUGUGAAACUCAAAACUACUCUGCAAAGGAACGAGCACAGGGAUAGAAAUGACGCAGACAGCAGCCAGCAAAAAUGCCAGACCUGCCCACCUGGACAGGAAGAUUCCUCUCCUGACUCUUCUGAGGAGAUUCAGACAGAACAACCGUUGUGCUGUCCAGACGUUAUUAGAGUCGCGUCUAAGCAGCUCCCAGAAGCAUCACCUGACAAAGAGGAGAGUUCCUUGGACCGGAUUUCAUCGAGCAGAUGUGAAAGUCCAACUACCAGUUUAGUCAGUGCUUCUCUACUAGUCAAGGAGGCAUCACCUGGGACAUCUUCCCAAGGCGAGCCUCCAAAAUCAGCAGGAGAGGAGAUGAUGUCCGCUUUAUCAUCACUAGGCAAAACUAACCCCAGGAGCUUCGAAGUUGCUCAACCUGAUCUCACUGGAGGAACAUUACCACGUGCAUUGAAGAACUCACGGAUAAAUAGUCACAAGCUCCCAUCGUUGGCAUCAUCACCUCAGUCAGGCACAUCCAUUGUUUCACCUCCAGAUAGCAGGAACGUUUUGGACGUCACUCCAGACGUCUUGGCAGACGAGAUGCGAACACUGUCACCUGGUGCAAGACAGCGCCGAAUUCAGGAGAUCACCGCCUAUAUUAAGAGGAGGGUAGAUCUGCAAACCCUCAAAGACUUAACCAGCAACACCUCGAUAUAUACUAGUAACGAGAAAAAGGAAAUAGAAGAAAAUGCAGAUAGAGCCGAGGUAUUGCUGGGCCGGUUGAAGAUCUUGAUCAAAGGAGCAAAGAAAAGGAAACAGCAGGUUAGCAGCACUUCUCAGCACAACCAGCAACGUCAGGCAGUGCAUGGGCACGUCAACAAGACCAAGACAUGUGUCAGUGGAAAUGGAGGGUGUUCUCCUCAAAAUGGUGCCUCAAGUCAGGCAACCCAAGUGGCAAAAGUGACCCCCUCCUAUGUUCCUCAACUAGCUCUGCCAUCAACCCCUAAGGUCCCAUCUGGGAAGAGUGCGAUUCCAACACCGCAGCCCUCUACUAAGCCAUCAAAAUCAAAGGCACCAUCCCCUUGCCCUGCUAUUAACAAAAGGACAUUCCGGAAGUCCGUUCAGAAGCAAGGAUCUCCAGCCCAGCCCAAAGCUACCAGCUCCAAGGACCUACAAGCUUUAGGCCUUCCCAUCAUUGACGAGAAAGAUGUCCAGCCUGUGGAGACUAAGAAAGGAACUCCCAUCAAACUUGGCUGUGGGGAUUAUGGAAACGUCUACCUCAUGAGAUCUCACAUGGAUGGCACUCUCAUGGCCGUUAAACGACUAACACAAUUUGGAGGGUGCCAAAGCCAAGACAAACGAACCCAGGAAAUGUUGCGAGAAAUACGAGCCAUGGAGGCAGUGAAAUCUUGCAGAGUCUUCCCCAAGUUCCUGGGAGUACUUGACCUCUAUUCCUUCGGUCAGGAGUUCGUCGGGAAUAGCCGCACGAUGAAGUCUUGGAGUGCCUUCAAAUUGCUCUACAGGAAUUCUAGGGGUCCUCGUCUGCUGCCUCUGGAUUGGGUGAGAAUCUGCAUUGACGUCACUGAAGGACUCGACACGUUUCAUCGAGCUGGUUGGACGCAUAACGAUCUCCACGUUGGCAACAUAAUGGUCUGGCGAGAUCCCAAGAAACUAACUGCAACCUGGGAGGGCAAGAUCAUUGAUUUAGGGAAAGCCUCGCGAAUCAAGAGCCCACCGCCACCCAAGAUCUUGACCUUCGUACAAAUGAUGUUCGCCUUCAAAAACUGCACUCAGUUGGCGCCAGAAAUUGUGGAGGGUAGGAGCAGGUACAACGUGAAGUCAGACAUCUACAGUCUUGGGAUUGUGUUGCAAGACAUCGCUAAAGAGAACCGACUCCUGUCUGGUUUCAAGACGAUAGGAGACAGGUGUGUGUUCGAGGAACCGAACCGGAGACCAGAGCUGAAGACAAUCUUGAAGGAACUCAACCAGUUGUGUGAAAAGUUCGUCAGUCCGAGGCGUGUCGGUAAAACCAAAGGCACGCGGUAACAGGCGAUUAGAAUAGAAAUACAAAACAAAAAGAAUUCACCACCCCCCCAAAAAAAAUUGCAUCACAACAAAAAUUCAUCUUCUGGUAUUUUGUCGUAUAUAUUUUGGGCAGUAAUUGAAUUAAUGCUGUAUAGCAAUUCUCUGUAAACUUUUCUAAUUUUAACUUGAGCCACAACUUUUUAUCGUUUUCCUCUCCAUCGAAAGUUUGCAUUAUGAAUUAAAGAUUUAUUAUUAAAAAUAAAAAUCUGAUUAGACAUAUAAAAAAUAUAUAUACACUUACAUACCAUAACUAUAUUAAUUUCCAUUUUAAAGAAGAGAGCCACGAAUCAUCGUGUAAUCAAAAAAUACAAAAAAACCAUGAACAUUUUCAGGGAGCUCUUCAUACACGUGACAUUUCGCAACUAAGAAAGACUAUAGAAAAAGGACACUCGAUGUUUUGGAAUGUCUGGAAAACGAGACACUUCGAAGAAAACUUAGUAGACUAUAUCUUCAAUCGCAGAAGACUUUGUGACUUUCUAUAUAACACACCAAUGUAGGAUUUUUUAACAACUUAUAUGAACAAAGUAAAGACAUUUUGUAACAGACAUUAUGUAAAUAAUUGAUUUGGGGCUAACUGUGGAUUCUGAAACCGAUGAAAAAUAGUGCUUCCAAAUUUGGGUAAGUACAUUGUUUCAAGCAUUUAAAAAAAGCAAGUCUGGUCCAAGCCAAUUUGGCUCAUCAGGCCGGUGUUUA